ACCAGUACCCUCACCGCUCCUUCAACAAGCCUAUCAUAAUGCGCGAAAUCGUCCACCUCCAGACUGGCCAGUGCGGUAACCAAAUCGGUGCCAAGUUCUGGGAGGUCGUCUCAGACGAACACGGUAUUGACCGCGAUGGCUUGUACAAGGGCAACAACGACCUCCAACUCGAGCGCAUCAACGUCUACUACAAUGAAGUUGGCGCGAACAAGUAUGUUCCUCGCGCUGUUCUGGUCGACCUCGAGCCUGGAACCAUGGACUCCGUUCGAUCUGGUCCUCUCGGCAACUUGUUCCGACCAGACAACUUUGUCUUCGGCCAGAGUGGCGCGGGCAACAACUGGGCGAAAGGACACUACACGGAGGGCGCUGAGCUUGUUGACUCCGUUCUUGACGUUGUUCGCAAGGAGGCUGAGGGCACUGAUUGCCUCCAAGGCUUCCAGAUCACUCAUUCGCUUGGUGGUGGUACCGGCGCGGGUAUGGGUACCCUCCUGAUCUCCAAGAUCCGUGAGGAGUACCCAGACCGUAUGAUGGCCACCUACUCCGUCGUGCCAUCUCCCAAAGUCUCCGACACCGUCGUUGAGCCCUACAAUGCUACUCUCUCCGUUCAUCAACUGGUAGAAAACUCCGAUGAGACCUUCUGCAUUGACAAUGAGGCGCUCUAUGAUAUUUGCUUCAGGACAUUGAAGCUGACGACACCAACAUAUGGUGACCUCAACCACCUCGUCUCCGUUGUCAUGUCCGGCAUCACAACUUGCCUGCGUUUCCCUGGCCAGCUCAAUUCGGAUCUUCGCAAGCUUGCCGUCAAUAUGGUACCUUUCCCUCGUCUUCACUUCUUCAUGACUGGCUUCGCUCCAUUGACUGCCCGUGGCAGCCAGCAAUAUCGCGCCGUUACUGUUCCUGAGCUUACGCAGCAGAUGUUCGACGCCAAGAACAUGAUGGCUGCCUCCGAUCCCAGGCAUGGUCGCUACCUCACCGUUGCUGCUGUCUUCCGUGGCCGUGUCUCGAUGAAGGAGGUUGAAGAGCAGAUGCAGAACGUUCAGAACAAGAACUCAGCCUAUUUUGUCGAGUGGAUCCCGAACAACGUCCUUACCGCUCAGUGUGAUAUCCCACCCCGUGGCCAGAAGAUGGCUGUCACCUUCCUCGGCAACUCGACUGCCAUCCAGGAGCUCUUCAAGCGUGUCUCCGACCAGUUCACUGCCAUGUUCAGGAGGAAGGCCUUCUUGCACUGGUACACCCAGGAGGGUAUGGACGAGAUGGAGUUCACCGAGGCCGAGUCCAACAUGCAGGACCUCGUCGCCGAGUACCAACAGUACCAAGAUGCCACCGUUGAGGAGGAGGGCGAGUACGAGGAGGAAGUCCCUGCCGAGGAAGAGCAGUAGACAGCUCGCUUUUACGUCCGGAGUUCAUUUUGUCCCCUUAUGACAUCGCUGCACGAAAAGCUGUUACUACAUAAUCUCCUUAUAUUGGUCGCUUCUGUCUCUCAUUACGUUUCUUUCUCUGGCACCUAUCCCGACGACUACGCUACCCUACUGCAUAUCAUCUUCAUUCACUCGUAACGAUUCUCUCUUCUACUUAGGAUAAUGUAAAAGCUUGAGGCUACAAGGCAAUGUGUGACUGAUCGGGACGAUCAC